GUGCGCGGGGAACAUCAACAAGAGCAGACAUGUCUGUGAUGUGUUCAUGCCAUAUGUCAAAAUAUUGCUGGCAGCCUGAGAACUUAACACCGAUAUUAUCUUUAUCUGUGCUGUGAAAGGAUCAUCGAGUCAGUGUCGGUUAUGCAGAAGGAUUGCAUAACCAUGGCGACUCAACCACCCUGUCUGCCCCUGAGGGAAUUUUGCCCCCUCUACUACCUGCUCAAUUCCAUCCCUGCAAAAGUCCAGAAAGGCUUCCGCUCCGUCCUCGUCUAUCUCACGGCUCUGGACAGCAGCAGUGACUACAUUGCAGUGGGCAGCAGCAUCGGCAUGCUGUACCUUUACUGCAGGAGAGUAAGCCAGAUGAAUAAAUACAACUUGGAGGGGAAAAGCGAGGCCAUCACAGUCGUGAAAUUGCUGAGCUGCUUUGAUGACCUGGUGGCUGUGGGUACUGCCUCGGGCCGCGUUGCCCUCUUUCAGCUGGUGUCUCAGCUGCCAGGCAGGAAUAAACAGUUGAGACGCUUUGAUGUCAUCGGCCUGCACAAGAGCACAGUGACGGCAUUAGCGUGGAGCGCAAAUGGCAUGAAACUCUUCUCUGGUGAUGAUAAAGGGAAAGUGGUCUAUUCUGCUGUGGAUCUGGACCAGGGUGUAUGCAACCCGGUGGUGCUGUUAGAAGAGCCAUCAGCUAUAGUUCAGCUGGUAUACAGUCAGAAAGUGCUCCUUGUUUCUACCUGUCAGCGCUCUCUCGUAUUUAACACACAAGAACAAUCUCUCCAGCAACUGGGAACCAAACCCAGAAAAAGCAACGGCAAGUUUGGUGCCUGUUUUCAGCCUGCUCUGUGCAAGCAGAGUGACCUUCUGGUGUACGCAGCACGACCAGGCCUUCGUCUCUGGAGAACAGACGUGCGUGGGCGCGUACAAGAGACACAUGUACUCAAGCCGCUCUUUAACCAGGAUGUGCCUCAGUUCGAGCUCUUCCCUCGCUCAAGCCCCAGCGGAGCGUACCGACCCACUGACAGGCAGCUGGGGCUCGUCACCUGCUUCCUCAAGGAGGGUUGGGUGCUCAGCUGGAACGAGUACAGCGUCUACGUAGUGGACUGUACCAACCAGGUCAUUGUCGGCGGAAUGGAAAGCUGUGGAGACAUAGUGUCUGUAUCUUGCACAGAAAAUGAGAUCUUCAUUUUAAAAGGAGACAGGGACAUUCUGCGUAUCUCCAACUGCCCCGAGGGAUUGGUCUCCAACAUGUCAGAUCUGUCCUAUCGCCUGACCUCUCCUCUGUCCACCCCAACGGUUUUGAUCCCUGCAAAUGGAGCAGUGGAAACAGCUCAGCCGAUCAGGACGGUAGCUAUCGUUGCAGAACCAGAAGAGCAGCCCAAAGCAGAGGAGUCUGAAGAGGCCCAGGAGUUCAAAGAAGCACAGGAGGAGGUCAGCCAGGCACUAGAAGCACUAGAGGUGGCAGAGGAGGUUGAGGGCCAGAAGAAGACAUCGGUGCACACGCAAAGCUGCAGUAGCUCCAUCACUUCAUGGGAGAGCACACAGGGAACUUCAGAGAUGUCCUCCAGCCGAUACAGCACCAUCACACAAGAAGAUUUUCAGCAGGAACUAGUGGUCAAACCUGUCAAAUUGAAGAGGAAGGGCAAGAAGAUGAGACCAGAGAGUGGGAACUGCAUGAACGAGCACAACAGCUGGUCAGAGAGCGUGUACAGCCAGGACGGCCUGACUAGCGAUGGCCUCCCCACACCUGCCAGCGAGCCACCCUCAGACCGUACUAGCCUUAUGUGCAGUAGUCUGGAUCUCCACAGCAACGACUCACCUGAUCACGAGGGCUCUGUGUGCAUCGAGCCCCUCAGCACUGACGCAUCUUUAAUGCAGAACUUUUUGGAAAAAACCCAGAUUCAAGACCAUGAGAGCAGUGAGAGUUCCCUGAGCAAAGAAGCCGACACUGAGCCCUCCUGUCCCACAUCCAUCUGUCUACAAGACACGGCCUGCCAAGUUGACAAUGACCCUGCCAAAGCUGUGGAAAACAAGGAGCAAACAACCAGCACACCAGAUGUAGAUAUGCUGCUGGAGUGCACUUUCUCCUACAUGCAUGCAGCCAAUGAGAAGCCUGACCUGGAGGAGCCAGCUGAGCUGCAUAAUCCAGAGCUUCAGCCCAAAGAUGAUUUAGAAAGGAACUUUGAGUUGGAUUUACCAUCCUAUCCCAUUAGGCCACUUCCAUAUUCCCCAGAGCCAGAGCCGGAGCAAUCACCCUCCAGCGACGAAGAGGACAUAUAUACGCAUGCAGUGCCAUCUAGUGCCAGUCUAGGGGAUGGCCUCAGUAGUAUGGGCCUACAGAGUUCUACCAUGAAGCAGACAGAACAGGAAGACCUGCGGCUUCACAAAACAGACCAGUUGGCCGAGAGCUGGAUGGGCUACAGUGGGCCGGGCUGUGGCAUCCUAAGCCUGGUAGUGACUGAGCGACACAUCUGGUGCCUGGACUUUAAAGGAGGCCUGUACUGCAGCAGCCUCACCAAUGGCAGCCUGAGCUGGCAGAAAUAUGAAGAGAACAUCCAGCAGGUGGCUUUGUCCCCUUCCGGCUCAUUGCUGUGGAAGGUGGAACAGAAGACCAUGACGGCGUACGCAUGUGGUAAAGUGACCAUCAAGGGGAAAAGGCACUGGUACAAAGCCCUGGAUGAGACUUCCUUUGUGGCAUUGAGUGAUGACACAGCCUGGAUCAUACGCACCAGCGGAGAUCUUUAUCUCCAGACAGGGCUGAGCAUGGACCGGCCGUGUGCUCGUUCGGUGAAGGUGGACUGCCCAUGUCCCAUGGCACAGAUAGCAGCACGGGGCAGUGUGGUGUGGGCACUGAGCGAGCAGAGGGUUCUCUUCUACAGAGAGGGACUCAGCAGCUACUGUGCAGAGGGUGAACAGUGGAAAUACGACAAAAUCAGUGAGAGUCAGCGCCUGGAGCCCAUCUGUAUUGCCCUGGGUGAGAACAACACGCUGUGGGCUCUGGACACCAGCGGUAGCCUUUGGUUCAGAACCGGGGUCACAGCUAAGAAACCCCAGGGUGAAGAUGAGCACUGGUGGCAGGUGAGCAUCACGGAUUAUGUAGUGUUCGAGCAGGGCGGCCUUUUCCAGACACUGAUCCAGGCCACGCAGAGUGUCGCCAAGGUUCCUGUGGAGCGGGUUGCCGAGCGUUUGCGUGUGGCGUUCCUCUGGCAGCAGUCUCAGUGUCACCCAAGCUUGGUCAGUGCCAACCACAGUGGCGUAUGGAUCGCCUCGGGUCGCAACGACUUCCACGUGGCCAAGGGCAGCCUCAUUGGGACAUAUUGGAGAACUGUUGCACCCAAAGGGCUCGCAUCUGCUACUAAGUGGGCAUUUGUGUUUUCCUCAGCAGUCCCAGCCAAAGAGGGAAGUUUUCUUUGGCUGGGUCAGAGCAGGAAAGACUUGUUCUGCAUUUGGGACCAGGACCUGCAGAUGCGUCCUCUCACCGUUCAACUGCCUGCAGAUGUUGAGAUUGUGCAGCUGUCAGCCUGCAGGGACGCUCUGUGGGGGCUGGACCAGCACGGCCGUGUCCACAUUCGCACGCUCACAGCCAACUGCCCCACCGGCCUCCACUGGACACUUCUUGACCUCAGCCAGCUUGGACAUGUGAGGCUUCUGAGCUUUUCCUGUGGCAGUCAGAAUGUGUGGGCAUGUGACGCCAGUGGCAUUGUGUAUUUCCGAGUGGGAACCCAGCCUCUAAACCCCAGCAUGAUGCUUCCAGCUUGGAUCUGCAUCGAGCCACCUGAGCAGCCUGUAGGUGUGCACUUGGUACGUAUUCAGACCAGUCCUAACGACCGCAUGCUGUGGGCUCUGGACAACCGCUGUAAUGUACAUGUGCGCAUUGGCAUUACUGAGGAGAUGCCAGUGGGGACAGCCUGGGAGCACAUUCCUGGGCUCCAGGCUAGUCAGUUAGUGCUGAGCACAAGAACUGCAUGGGUGCGCUGUCCUAAUGGAGAGAUGGCCCGACGAUACGGGAUUUCAGAAAAGAACCCAGCUGGGGACUACUGGAAGAAGGUACCAGGCCUGGUCAACUGGCUGACAGUGACUCCCAUGGAUGAGCUCUGGGCCGUUACUCCAACCGGUGCUCUGACGCAGCGCCUCACCAAGACCCUGCCACACAGCACUGGCAAAAAUCAGCCCAGCACAGGCUCCCUCAGUGGGGAAGAACUCGAGGAGGAGUGGGAGGUGAUUUAGCCAGCUGUGCCGUGCGUUGUAAAAACAGUUCUGUUGUUUUUGCUAGUAGCACUUAUUUUUGUUCUUAACCUGUGUACAGAAGAUUGUCUGUCUUUACAGAGUGUACAGAAUCUUUUGAUGGUUUUGAAGGGAAGUCUCAACAGAGAAUAUUUGUUUUAACUUAUUUUAACCAUACACUACUGAACUUUUUACCCAAUAUGUCAGGAUCCAUUAAACUUACGAUUUUUUUUUUUUAAACAUGAUUAAAUGGUCCAGUCACUACCGCAGUGCACAUCGUGAGGCGUUUCUGUAACAAGUGUGUCAGAGUAUGAUUACAGACUCGAGAUCUGAUCCACUUGGAUGUAAAGGGGAAAAUGUAAAUCUGCAUCGUAACGCUAAACAUUUGAUUAAAAUGGGUUCUGGUUCACGAAAGGGACCGAGACUAAAGUCUGAUCUUGAAGUAAAAUGAAAGAUGUCCUGGGAUUGACUGUAAAGAGCAUUAAUUGAAUAUUUAACAUGAGUGAAAUCAUGCUGGUGGUCUCUUUGUGUGAGCACCAAGAUAGUGAUGCAUGGUAGAAUUUGAAUGGUAAUAUAAAGUGUAUAAGGUCUGUCUUACAAGUGCAAUGUUAACUUCUAGAAUGUAAAAACCAUGACUUCUAACCUACAUGUGUGGUGUAUAAGAUCUUUUAAUAUUAACAGUUCGCAGGUGUUUGCUUUCUGAAAGAACGCUGCUUUAUACCUGAAAAUGUCGUUCUGAAUUUCAUGAACCGAUGGAUGAGAUUUGUGGCUGAUUUAAAUGAAAUGGACAAAAGCCUAAUCAGUUGUGCGUAAGCAUAUACCGGCUGUCGGAAUGCUGCUGUUCCACAAUCUGAACAGAUUCUUUGUGUGACCUUUUUUUUUUUUUUCUUCUCCCUUUUCACAUUUGGGAGCAACUAGAUUUUACUUUGCAGUUAAGAUCCAUGCAAAAAGAGAAACGGUUCAGGAAAGUCUGUUUUCUGUACAGGAUAUACAGUAGCAAGUUUAAAAAUGUCACCAAAUGAAGGGUUUUCCCAGACCACCACACACAUUGUGAAGCAACCAGAGGCAUCCAUGAUGCUUAAUGAACUGAAAGUCUAGCUAAACAUGUUUACAAUAACAGUAUGCUGAGCUGAAUACAUUGCUAGACUUUACUGUAGUUGUAAAGCCGAAAACUUAAUGUGGAUAAACAGGAAGCGUGAAGCAGAAAUCCUACUGACACAGAAGUAAAAUUGCUGGGACCAAAAGUACUUGGUAGUGGAUUUGGAAUUACUUUCUGAUGAAUCGAGUGUGUAAUUAAUUAAAAUUUCCCCAUGUUUUAACAACUGCAGAAUGUGAGAAGUGCAAAUGACUGACAAUGCACUUUAAGAUCCAUCACGUCAUAAUCGUCAUAAAGUCUGUAAGGCAAUGUAGAAGGAACUAUUUUGCUAAUACUUAUCUAUAUCUUUGCUUUCACAGGAUUUGCCUAGGAAUACAUGUUAAAAAAAAAUCUAAAUUGGUCAUGGCUAUUGGGAGCCGUUACCAGUGUAAAUUCCAUACAAUAGGGCAUAAGGCAUGUUUAACAUAGUUAUUCACAAACAUACCUGCUGUUUGUUGGUUCAGAUCAACCAUGUGCAUGAAAGAUCAAAAUCUGGAAAAGGGGAUGAAGAGGUGUUUGGUGGUUUGUUUGUUUUUUUCUUUUCUCUCCUGUCCUUCUUUUCAUUGCUGUAACUUUGAUCACUUGGUUGUUCGUUGCCUGAUAUCGUGUUAUUGUGACAGUUUACAGCAUUACUAUAAGCCAUCUCAUAAUCCAAACUCUUAGUCCAUUCUGAGAACUGUAAUGCGUUAUUGCCAACUUUCAUGUAUCAUUUAGAGAAUGCACUUUAUUAAUGAAUACAUAAGUGUCAUAAUUUUAAUGAGACAUAAGUAAUUGUAAUUUUUUUUUUUUUACCUUGCCGUGUGACUUGUUUGCAGUUUUUUUUUUUUAUUUUAUUAAACUACAGACACCUCAAAUAUUAUGCAAAUGAAAUGUUUCGUAUAUCACACAUUGCAUUAAUAGUCAACUGUUUGUGGUUGUUUUAUUAUGUGACUUCUUUUUGCCUUGAAUUUUGGGCCCUCUGGGACUCUCAUGCCCUCUCCUCUGACCACAAUGCUGUUGGUGAAAAUGAAAUGGGAACACUAGCACUCAUUAUAGAGCACUGAUGUUAUGCGUAUGGUAUAUUAUCAUGAAUUACAUUUAACCAUGCUUUAACCGCUGCUGUCAUCACUUUAUGCUGUCUGUAUGAAUUUCCAGAAUUAAACAGAAUGUUUACCAAAAAUG